UUCCCUUUUUUAACUUAUAACGCCCCGAUCCGCAUGUAAUAACACGCAGUCCCCCGCCUGAUCUCCUGCAAUCUCUCUCUCUCUCUCUCUCUCUCUCUCUCUCUACUGUUUCAUUUCUCUGAGCUGAGGAGUUUUGGGUUUGGAAAGGUCUCUGUUUGAAGUUUCCAAAGUUCGAAGAGUCCAUUUUGCUCGAGAUUCUGCCAAGAUGAACGAUCUAAUGACUAAGUCGUUCAUGAGCUAUGUCGACCUCAAGAAGGCGACGAUGAAGGAGGAGAAGGACCUUGAGGCAGGUCUCGACGGCCUUGAGAUGGGCUCCUGUGGAGGUCCGAUGGACUCCGACAUGGGUCUGUUCCUGCAGGAGGCAGAGAAGGUGAAGGAGGAGAUGGGCGUGAUCCGGGACAUCCUCGGGAGGCUUCAGCAGUUGAAUGAGGAGAGCAAGACCCUGCACAAGCCUGAGGCCUUGAAGUCGCUGCGGACCCAGAUCAAUGCCGAUGUAGUGGCGGUCCUAAAGCGGGCGAGGGCCAUCCGUGGCCAGCUGGAGACGAUGGAUAGGGCCAACGAGGGGAACCGCCGCCUCUCGGGCUGCAAGGAGGGAACCCCGAUCUACAGGACUAGGAUCGCAGUCACUGGUGGGUUGAGGAAGAAGCUCAGGGAGCUGAUGAUGGAGUUUCAGGAACAUAGGCAGAAGAUGUUGACCGAGCACAAAGAAACCGUCGGGAGGCGGUACUACACAGUGACCGGUGAAUACCCCAACGAGGAAAUCAUCGAGAAGGUCAUCUCCAGUGGGAAUGAACAUGGGGAGGAGUUCUUUCAGAGGGCAAUCCAGGAGCACGGCAGGGGAAAGGUGAUCGAAACAGUCGUUGAGAUUCAAGACAGAUAUGAUGCGGUGAAAGAGAUAGAGAAGAGCCUCCUGGAGCUGCACCAGGUGUUCCUCGACAUGGCAGUGAUGGUGGAGGCUCAGGGGGAGAAAAUGGACGACAUCGAGCACCACGUGAUGAGCGCGUCCCACUAUGUGAAGGAUGGCACCCGAGACCUCAAGACUGCCAAGGACUACCAGCGCUCCAACCGCCGCUGCAUCUGCAUUGCACUCAUCCUCAUCCUUGCCAGUAUCCUUGUGAUUGUCGUCCCCAUCGCCACCAGCUUGAGCCAAUCCUGAGCAAGCCUUUGGGUGUCCUAUAAUACCGUCCCGGGCCUUGAAUUCGAAUCCGAAUUCAAACUCCGUUUGUCAUUUCCAGCUGCUGCUAUAGUUUGUAUGGAAUCUGACUGAUUAGUCCUUGGUUUUGGGACUAUGGUGUGAUCAAGUAAACAUACAUGUCUUGCGAUUCUUUCAAUUUUUCCUUCCAUCUCCAUGUUAUGGAAAAUCAAUGGAAAUAUAUGGAACUUUGGGGGUGAUUGAGAUAA